AUGCUGGCUUUACCAGUGUUGUGCAUGUCUGCUUUAUUUCCCAGUAGCAGUAGGUUCUCAGGACCACACUGCAUCUUUCCUGUGAACCCUAUUUGCUUUAGAAAACUGACAGUAAGCGAAAGGUAUCUAUUUGCAGUGCCAAAGGAGCAGCAGGAUAAGGUUGUCAAAUUUGACUUUCACGGGCAGCCAGCAGAAAUCAAGCAUGGUAGUGUUGUUAUAGCAGCAAUAACUAGCUGCACAAACACCUCAAAUCCUAGUGUUAUGCUUGGUGCUGGUCUUGUAGUUAAGAAAGCCUACGAGUUGGGUCUUGAGGUUAAACCAUGGGUGAAGACAAGCCUUGCCCUGGAUCGGGAGUUGUCACGAAGUACUUGCUUUAGAGAAUACUUGAACCAAGCAAGGAUUUCAAGCUGUUGGCUAUGGUUGUACCACUUGCAUUGGAAACUCGGUGAUCUCGAUGAAUCAGAUCGGUUGCCAUUACGUGAGAAAAAUGUUUGUGUCUUCUCCCACAUAACUUAUUCUAGGGUUGUCAUGGUCAAUAAACUUCAGUACAUCUAUGCUUACGGUUUCAGGGUAGUAGUUAAUAUUAGAAGUUGUACUUUUCAGGUUGAUAUUGAUUUUGAGAAAGAGCCCAUUGGAAUUGGAAAGGAUGGCAAGGAAGUCUACUUCAGGGAUAUAUGGCCCUCGACGGAAGAAAUUGCACAGGGUUUUUAA